AUGUCGGCAUCCACACCUCAGAGAACUUCUCUGCGCCAGGGCCUGCGCCAGGCGCCGAAAGUCAACCAACCUUUCAUUCCAGACACGGCCCCUGCUCGCCGCUCGCACCAUCAGAGCUUUACCUCUCCCCAGCCAUCGAUGUCCCCUCAUGCCCCCCUCAAUCCGGCAGCGAAUCCCCAGAGCGCGUCUUUUGCGGUCGAAAAUUGGGAGGGGAAAUCCCACACACAAUUGCCGAUGUCGACUCGCGAAGUACCUACCCCAGGCAAUCGGCCUGCCUUAUUCGCGAGUCUGUACGAUCGCACAAAGUUUGCAAAGCAGCCCGAUUUCUAUGACCCCUACUUUCCCCUGAGAUUUUUGGAAGUCCCUCGCACGGAUCACAUCUACAAGCGUGCACAUUACGGUCUUCAGUCUGGCAUCCCUGAUGAAAUCGAUUUCGCAUUGUACCAUCUGGUUCAAAUCUCGAAUCAACGGUGGGAUAAGUUCAAAUUCGAGGGUUUCCCCUUACUCGCCGAGUCGCUCAUGCAAAAAGCCUUGGAAAUCACACAUCUCUGCACUGGAGUGCGCUGGGAGUUUGACUAUGACCCUCGACAACGGUCCGAUCGCAUCAAUGUACUCAACUCACUGCAUGGUACACGAGAUAUCCUGGAGAAGAUUCGGAAGAUUCCCACGAACAUUCCGACGGACACCCUUGAGACGAAAGAGUUCAACCAUACCCUUCGGAAUAUCAAGGAGGCCACAUUGGUUCUGAGAAACAUGGUUUUACUGAAGGAGAAUGCUUUCUACAUUUCUCGUUAUGCUAGUGGCCUUCUCAGAGACUUCCUUGUCAUCAUGAUGAACAUACCAAAUCAACCGCGUCUGAAUGAAAUCAAGAACGAUGCGCUGGACAUUGCUGAGGAAGUCACCAAAUUCAUGAGAACUGACCCUGAGGACCCGCUCUGGAUUUCUCUGGUCAAAUGUCUUGAAUCACCAGAUCGCGCCCACAUUGUGAGAGCUCUUUGGGCAUUAACCCACUUCUCUACCGAGUUACAUGAGGCCGACGCAAACCGAGCCAUGGAGAGCCUGUCGAAGCCAACUUUGCAACAAUUAUACUACCACACACUUCUUGAUCUCGACAAGGAUAUUUUGAGUGGUGCGCUGGACUUCUGGUACCAGUACACCCUCAGUCAUGACAAUAUCGAGACAUUGAUGGAUGUGAUCGACUUCCCGAUCAUCUUCGUGCCCCGUAUGGUUGCUCUUCUUACCUACGAGGCACGCCCGGCAAAGAAAGAGACUGUUCUUCAAGAGGAAAAGGUUGCUCCGCCACCAGCCGAUAUUCCUCGUGUGCCACCUGAGUUGUUGGAGAAAUUGAUGGAGCUUUCGGAACCGGAGCGGAGCUCUCAAUGGCUACGGUGCUGCUUUGUUGAAGAUGCAGAGUGCGAAAUUACGCAGAUUGCACUGUGGCAGGCUUACCAAAGCCGCUUCGCCGACCCCCGAGUCGCCGGUGGAGGUGUUCUCCCCGCUGCGGAGUUCAUCAAGAACGUCAGCAACACUUUUACCAAUGCACAGGCUCAGGUCAUCAACGGUCCUGGCACGGCUACAAAAUUCAUCAUCAAGGGAAUCAGACCCCUGGAGACGGCCUAUACUUUCCAAGGCUUCCCAUACCUAUACUGCAAAUGGGCAGAUAACUCAAAGCCUUCCCAGAUGUGUCAACGCGCUUUCGAAUCCCCAACUGAUCUCCGAAACCACGUGUUUGCGGACCACAUGAACCUGGAAACCACCGAGACACCCGGUCAAUUCAAGAUGGAAGCUGCUGAAACUCCUAUCCACACUUGUCAGUGGGAUGGCUGCACGCGUUUCCGGGCUUCGGGACCUAGUACUAAUACUGCGAUGGUUGCCGGCCACGUUUCUUCUCAUUUGCCCGAAGAUCGUCCGGCCGACGCUCAGCCACCCAGCACCAAGCGUCCGAUUCUUCAGGAGAGAAUUGUACGCAAAUGGUACUACAUGGACACGCCAGUGAACGACAAGCUCGAGGCUUAUGGAGCAGCUUACAAGGCCGCACUCGUUUUGCGGAACAUUGCUCGAGGGUUACCUCAACGGGUUGCCACGAAAUACGGCAAUGUAUCGUGGAAAAAGGCAUGCUUCGUGAGCCAACGCCCGAAGAUUGUGGAGGUUUGGGACCGGAACCGUGCUCUGCGCAAGGAGUUGACCGAGCUUCUCAUGGUCAUCGAGAAAGAGGACGACUACUGA